CUUUAGUAAAUGAUUAACUUUUUGAUCCCCCAUCAUACAAACAGAGACCAAAAUCAGAAAACAAAAGCAUUUGUGAGAUGAGCUGAAAAUGAGAGUUCUUGUACAAAUCAUUAGUUUUUCCUGUUUCCUGUUUUCUGAUACCUUUGUGCAAAGUCAAGAAUGUCUUCGAGAGGACAUUAAAUAUGAAAACACAGAACCAGUUGAGAAAGCUUCAUACGCUGAUGGUGAAACAGUGGGAGUGAACUGCCUGACAGGUUAUACUGGCUUGUAUAACUUAAAGUGUGAAAAAGGAGAAUGGAAAAGUUCCAUUGAGCAACCAUGUGCAAAGAAAAACUGUGGUCAUCCAGGCAACAUACCAAAUGGUGAUUUGAAACUUAAUGAGGGGAUAGAGUAUGUUUUUGGAGUAACAGUUGUGUAUACUUGCAAGAAAGGGUAUGAAAUGACAAGCGGAAUCAAUUGGCGUUCCUGCAGAGCUCAAGGAUGGGACAACGCUGUCCCUGUCUGUGAGGUUGUGAAAUGUCCAGCCAUCAGCACAGAUGGGGAGGUGACUGCGUCGGGUAACACAGAGGAGGGACGUUAUGGUGAUGUUAUUCACUUUGAGUGUGUAUCUUCUGACAAAAUGAUAGACGGAAGUAGUGAUAUUCGCUGUGAAGAGACGGGAAAAUGGAGUGACGUUGUUCCAAAGUGCAAAGAAGUAACUUGUAAGUUUGAGUCAACCAUAUUCAGAUUAAAAAGGAUCAACCCGGUGGGAAAAACUGUUUUCAAAGUUGGAGAAAGCGUGGAGAUCUUCUGCUCUGAAAAACACUUAUUUUUUACAACCGAAACCAACAAAUCAUUUACAUGCCAAAUUAAUGGAAAAUGGGACAGGAAACCUGUUUGUGAGAUUACAUGUGAAGUUCCACGAGACCAGCAUGUGAGUGGCCCAGAAUAUUCCUUCAGAGGAGAUAUGAAAUUAGGAGCAAAGAGAUCUUACAGUUGUGAGUCUGGAUAUCGUGGAACAGCAGCAGAGGCCACAUGUACACAAGAUGGAUGGACACCAAAACCACUGUGUGCUGAAAUGAUGUGUGACCCACCAAGAAUCCCAAAUGCAGAGAUUGUGGGAGGUCAGAGAAUAAACUACAAAAUCGGUUCGAGAAUAGAAUAUAAAUGUCGCUCUGGAUUUGAACCAGAGGAGCCAGUCCAAAUCACCUGUGAUUCCCAGGGCCAAUGGACAGGAAUUCAGCAAUGCACUAAUGGUAUCUGCCAGGAGCAAGAACUCAAAAAUAUAGAAAUUUUAUUUGGAUAUCCAAAGUUCACUUCACCUUAUAAACCAGGACAAAUCUUAGUUUUUCGAUGCACUGAUGACAACAUGAGGUUUUACGGCCAACAUUCAAUCAAAUGCCUGCCAGAUGGGAGGUGGAAUUACCCAUAUCCACAAUGUGGAGGAAAGGUUCAGUGCUCCCAACCAACAAAGAACUUGCAGUUUGUGACACUGUCAGAUGACAAAACUGAAUACAGCAACUUUGAGAUACUGACAUACACAUGCAAUAAACCGUACAAUGAAAUUCCAAGAGGAGUUUUGAUGUGUCAAAAUGGAAACUGGAACGGAACGUUUGACUGCAAAAGUAAGAUCUGUCCACCUCCUCCAUAUCUUCAACAUGGAGACUACAGCAUCAGCAGUACAAAAGAUGAAGUGAUCACAGCAGUAUCUUACACUUGCCAGUCUUACUAUGUGCUUACCAAGCAACAGGACGUUUAUAAGUGUGUGGAUGGGAAAUGGGAGACUCCUCCGAAAUGCCUGAGACCUUGUGAAAUUGAUGACAUUGUCGAGAAGUACAAUCUACAGCUUCCUAAAGAAAAGGUCUACAUAAGGCAUGCAGAAAAGUAUAGACUGAACUGUAGAGAUGGGUGGAUUACUAGAAGUGGGAUGAAAACAUAUGUGGACGUGUCAUGCUCCAAUGGAAAUCUACAGAUUGACAAAAGCUGUGAUAUACACAAUAACUGAAAAUAACCUGGAUUUGUAACUGAGGUAUGUCACUGAAUUAAUUGUAAGAAUAAUUGUUGAGAAUGUUCAACUUUGAAAUGUGUGUUUAUUUUUAGUGCUUUAAUAAUGUCACAUUCCCUAAACAUUUUUAAUGUGUAAUU